CAUAAAUAUAACAACAACAAUUCAUUCUUCUUCAAAGUCAAUCUCUUUCUUUACCCAAACUCAAAACACCAUCAAUGGCCUCCACCCUUACUCAAAUCUCUCUCUUCUUCCUACUUUCAACCCUUUUCUCACAACCCCAUUUCUCAUCAUCCCUCAGACUCCUCAGACUAAACUCCGACGACCCUCAAUUCACUCCCACCCAAUCAAUCUCAGACGUCCACGACCUUCUCCCCAAAUUCGGUCUCCCAAAGGGUCUUCUUCCCAACAAUGUCAAAUCUUACUCUCUUUCAGAAGACGGUAGCUUCAAGGUCGAGCUCCAAAGCCCUUGCUAUGUCUACUUCGAUCGACUUGUGUAUUACGAUAGGAAGAUUACUGGGAAAUUGAGUUAUGGGUCUGUCUCUGAUGUGACAGGAAUUCAAGCCAAGAAGCUCUUUUUUUGGGUUUCUGUUACUAAGAUUCAUACUGAUAAGGGUUCUGAUAGUAUUAGUUUUUAUGUUGGGGCUUUGUCUGAGGAUCUUCCUGCUUCGAAAUUUGAAGAAAUUCCUGGAUGUAGGAGUAAUGGUUGUAAAUUGACUAAUCCACAAUCCAUUUGAGCCUUUCAGGGAAUAGUUGUUCAGUUCAAUCAAUGGUGUUGGCAAACUGAAGUGUAUAAGUACAUAUUUAUAUACUUUUGUUAGUCUUAGUUUGGUACUAAAUGAGCUCUGUUAUGCUAAGUUCACAAUGUGCAUUAUGUUUCAAUUUGAAACUGUGAUUCCAUUUGUGUCUAUAAAUUAUAUGUUAUGUGUUCUUUAUAAUAAGCAACUAUUAAGGCAUUAUUAGUUUAAGAUCAAAAGUUAUAGUUUUUGUUGAA